GUAGCAUGUGAGGAACAUCCUCGUCCCGUACCUGACCCAGAACGGCAUCCCGCUCGCAGACUUCCAAGGCGCCGUUAGCAUGGACACCCUCAUGAACUACAACAACAGCGAGGGAGUGCAGUACGUACCCAGCGAGUUCGGAAUGGUCCCGGACCCUGACAACAUGUACAACAACGUAGCGGCUGACGGCUUCCGGGGGAACUUCAUCGGUGUGGUCGGCAGGAGGGCCUACGAUGCGCGCCUGUACAGCCCAUUUCUGCAGACCUGGAACGGCACUGCACAGUACAGGGCGGUGAGCAUGCUGCUGCCGAUGAGAGACGUGUAUCAGGACGGCCCGUCCGACCCGUUCUGGCCGGUCUACAGAGAACUGCUCCGGUCCGACCACGCCAGCUUCUGGAGGGAACAUCCCGACCUGAAGGCUGUGCAACUCACGGAUACGGGCCAGUUCCGCGGCCACAUGCAGCAGUGUUACCACCGGGAGUGCGACGACCUUCGGGUGGUGACCGAGGAUGGGCUGCUCUUCCUGAAGAAGACCACAGACGCUGUCACCACCACGCUGCUCCGCCUAGCGGGUGGCGGGGAGAACUGCACAGAUGGCCCAAUCUCAUCUGCGCCACCUACCGGACGGUCUGUUCUGCAGGUAGCUACUAUUGCUGCUUGCCUCGUGACUGCGUCGCUCGCCGUUAUCCUUGACUAACGUGUGUCAUCUGCGCCACCUAGCGGACUGUCUGCUCUGCAGCCGUUAUGCUGGGCUAACGUGUGUCAAUUCACCAUCCGGGCUAUCAUAACCGCUGUACCAUGAUUAUUUUGCAUUUAGUAAAUCAGAGAUAAUUGUUUACGAUAUACGAGGCUAGUUACACACCUAUGCAAGCUUCACACUAGUAUUAUCAAGGAUUCAACGCUAAGCUGCCAGGUAACACGUGUCAUAGCAUUGCUCGUUCAUUCUCUUACUUGUUGAGGUUAUAUGAAGUAAUUCAGCCAGUCUUUACUUUGUGUCAUUUGUCUGUCAUGUUCUUUAUAUGCGUAUAUGUGCUAGUCCGCCAAUAAAGCAAUCUAUGUUGACAUCA